GCCCGUCAGUCUGUCCCUAUCAAAUGAGUCAAAAAAAUUAUUCUCGAGAGCGUCAACUUUUCAAAAUAACGUGGUUAAAACUAAUUUCAAAACAUUAUCAACAUCAACUUCAACAACUACUGGGAUCAGGAUCAAUAACAAUGGCAUCUAGUGGUCAUGUUGAGAAGGUUCGUAUCCUGAACAAGGACACGAUCCAUAUCGGUUAUGACUUGCAAGAUCAUAUCAUUGAUCAAUUGAUUACUACUGAAAAAUCUUCAACUUAUGUCAUCAUAACUGAUUCAAAUAUUGUUAAAAAGGGUUAUUUAGAUUCUUAUUUAACUAAAUUUCAAUCUAAAUUAAACAAUGAUCAAAGAGUCUUAUCCUAUGUUGUCUCUCCGGGUGAAGCUAACAAGACUCGUGAAACUAAAGCUAAAAUUGAAGAUUAUUUAUUAUCAAAAGGUUGUACUAGAGAUACUGUCAUUUUAGCAAUUGGUGGUGGUGUCAUUGGUGAUAUGAUUGGGUUUGUCGCUGCCACUUUCAUGAGAGGUGUUAGAGUCGUUCAAGUCCCAACUACUUUACUAGCAAUGGUUGAUUCUUCAAUUGGUGGUAAAACCGCAGUUGAUACUCCAUUAGGUAAAAAUUUCAUUGGUAGUUUUUGGCAACCACAAUACGUCUUUGUUGAUUUAACUUUCUUGUCAACUUUACCUGAAAGAGAAUUCAUUAAUGGUAUGGCUGAAGUUAUUAAAACUGCAGCUAUUUGGAAUGAAGAUGAAUUUACAAGAUUGGAACAAAAUGCUUCAAAAUUCUUAGCCACUAUAAAGAAAAGAAAUAGUGCAGGUGAUACUGAUUUGACUCCAAUUAAAGAACACGUUUUCAAAUUAGUUAGUGAAUCAAUCAAAGUUAAAGCUGAAGUGGUUAGUGCUGAUGAAAGAGAAGGUGGUUUAAGAAAUUUAUUGAAUUUUGGUCAUUCAAUUGGUCAUGCCUAUGAAGCUAUCUUGACACCUCAAGCUUUACAUGGUGAAUGUGUUGCCAUUGGUUCAGUUAAAGAAGCUGAAUUGAGUAGAUAUUUAGGUAUAUUGUCACCAGUUGCAGUUGCAAGAUUAGCUAAGAUUUUCACAGCUUAUGGAUUACCAAUUUCUGUUGAUGAUAAAAAUUUCAGAAAAAUUGUCAAGAGUAAAAAAACUCCUGUUGAUACUUUGUUGAAAAAAAUGGCUAUUGACAAGAAAAAUGAUGGUUCGAAAAAGAAAGUUGUCUUGUUGAAAGCUAUUGGUGAAUGUUAUGAAAAAUCAGCCUCAUUUGUUAAUGAUGAAGAUUUAAGAUUUGUUUUAACUGAUGAAACUAAAGUUUUUCCAUUCCAAAAUGAUUCAACUUUUAACGCUACAAUCAUUCCUCCAGGUUCAAAAUCCAUCUCAAAUCGUGCACUAGUUUUAGCUGCUUUAAGUGAAGGUGAAUGUAAAAUCACAAACUUGUUACAUUCAGAUGAUACUGAACAUAUGUUGAAUGCCAUUGCUAAAUUAAAAGGUGCAGAGAUUUCUUGGAAAGAUAAUGGUGAAACUUUAAUCAUCAAAGGUAAUGGUGGUGAUUUGAAAAGUACUGAUCAAGAAUUAUAUUUAGGUAAUGCAGGUACUGCUUCAAGGUUCUUAACUUCUGUUGCCACAUUGGUUAAAUCUCACCAGGGUCAAAAUCAUGUUGUCUUGACUGGUAAUAAAAGAAUGACUGAACGUCCAAUUGGUCCAUUAGUUGAUGCUCUUAGAUCAAAUGGUGCCAAGAUUGAUUAUUUGAAAAAUGAAGGCUCGUUACCUUUAAAAAUUUCAACAACUCCAUUAAAAGGUGGUCAUAUUGAAUUAGCUGCUACAAUUUCAUCUCAAUAUGUCUCUUCAUUAUUAAUGGCUGCUCCAUAUGCUGAAACUCCAGUCACUUUGAAAUUAAUUGGUGGUAAACCAAUUUCAAUCUUGUAUAUCGAUAUGACUAUUGAAUUGAUGAAAAAAUUUGGUAUUGAAGUUGAAAAAUUACCAAAUUAUACUUAUGCAAUUCCAAAAGGUUCAUAUGUUGCCCCAUCUGAAUUUGUUAUUGAAUCUGAUGCAUCUUCAUCAACUUAUCCAUUAGCGUUUGCUGCAAUGACUGGUUCUACUGUCACUGUUCCAAAUAUCGGUUCAAGCUCUUUACAAGGUGAUGCAAGAUUUGCAAGAGAUGUCUUGAAACCAAUGGGUUGUAAAGUUGUUCAAACUGAAACUUCCACAACUGUGACUGGUCCACCAAGAGGUUCAUUAAAACCAUUACCAGAAGUUGAUAUGGAACCAAUGACUGAUGCAUUUUUAACAGCUUCAGUUUUGGCAGCUAUUGCCACUGAUGGUGGUGAAAACAGAACAAAUAUCAUCGGUAUUGCAAACCAAAGAGUUAAAGAAUGUGAUCGUAUCGCAGCUAUGGUUCAUCAAUUGAAUAAAUUUGGUGUUGUUGCUAAUGAAUUACCUGAUGGUAUUUCUAUCCAAGGUGUCAAGAUUUCUGAUUUGAAAACUCCUGAGGAAGGUAUUUUCUCUUAUGAUGAUCAUCGUGUUGCUAUGAGUUUUUCAUUAUUGGCUGGUAUGGUUAACAAUGGUCCUGUAACUAUUGAAGAAAGACAUUGUACUGGUAAAACCUGGCCUGGUUGGUGGGAUGUUUUACAUUCUUCAUUACAAGCUAAAUUGGAUGGGUUUGAACCUGCUCAAGUUGAAACUAAACAACAAAUUAAUAACAAGAGUAUUAUUGUUAUUGGUAUGAGAGCUGCUGGGAAAUCUACUUUAAGUAAAUGGAUUUCAUCAUCAUUGGGUUACAAGAUUAUUGAUUUAGAUACUGUUUUCGAAGCACAAUAUGGUGAUAUUAGAGAAUUCAUUAAAAAGAAUAGUUGGGAAGAAUUUAGAAGCUUGGAAAUUAAAGUUUAUGAAUCAAUUAUUUCUAAACAUUCCCAUAACACCGUUAUUUCAACUGGUGGUGGUAUUGUGGAGAGUAAUGUUGCAAGAGCUCAUUUAUCCAAUUAUGCUAAAGAAGGUGGUAUUGUCUUACACAUUGAACGUAAUUUGGAUAACACUGUUCAAUUCUUGUCAGAAGAUGCUACUAGACCAAGAUAUGUUGAAGAAAUUGAACAAGUUUGGAAAAUCAGAGAACCUUUAUACAAUGAAGUUUCUAAUUUCCAUUUCUUCGCACCAUUUUGUAAUUCAAAUAAAGAAUUUUUGGAAUUGAGAAAAAACUUUGAACAUUAUAUUUUCAAAAUCAUUGGUCAUCAAAAUAUUAAUUUUGAAGAAUUUAAAAGAUCAUUUGCUUAUGUUUUAGAUAUUGAAGAUGUUGAAGACGAAGCUGAACAUUUGGAGGUUAACUCUUAUGGUGCUAAUGCUAUUGAAUUAGUUUUAACCAAACCUUAUUCAAAAAGAUUUAUUGAACAAUCUAUUUCAAUUUUAAGAAAAUAUACUGAUUUGACCUCAAUUUUAACCUUAACUUCAACUAAAGAUUUGGCCAAGUAUGAAGAAAUUGUUAAUUUGGCUUUCAAGAAUGGUAUUGAUUUUGUCACUUUGGAUUUAACUUUGGAAGCUGAAUUAUUGAGAAGAUUGAUUAACAAUAGUGGUUACACCAAGAUUAUUGGAUCAUAUGUUGAUACUACUGGUGAAUUGAAAUGGGGCAAUGAUGUUUUUUUGGGUUAUUACAAAUUUGCUCAAGUUUUGAAUGCUGAUUUGAUUAAAUUAGUUGGUACUGCUACUUCAAUUGUUGAUAAUUUCGAAUUGGAGAAUUUCAGAGCCAAAUUGGCUGAUUCUAACUUGAUCUCAUACAAUCUUUCUGAUUUUGGUGUCUUGUCUAGAGUUACUAAUCCAUUAUUGACUCCUAUUUCUAAAUCUGAAUCUAUCAAACAAUUGAAUUCAUUAUACUACAAGAUUGGUGGUGGGUUAACUAAGAAAUAUUAUGUUGUUGGUACUCCAAUUUCUCAUUCCAAAUCUCCAAUCUUGCACAAAACAGGGUUUGAAAUUUUGGGCCUACCUCAUAGUUUUGAAAAAUUUGAAACUGAUGAUGUUAAAAAAGUUGGUGAAUUGCUUAAGGAUCCACAAUUUGGUGGUGCUGCUGUUACAAUCCCAUUGAAACUAGAUAUCAUGGAAUAUUUGGAUGAAUUGACUGAAUCAGCUACUUUGAUUGGUGCUGUCAAUACAGUUAUCCCAUUAGGAUCUGGCAAGUUUAAAGGUACAAACACUGAUUGGAUUGGUAUUAAAGAUUCAUUAUUGAACCAAGGUUUCCCAAAUGUUUCAGCUGAUUCUGAAAUCAAUGGGUUAGUUGUUGGUGCUGGUGGUACAUCUCGUGCUGCUAUUUAUGCCUUGAGUCAAUUGGGUUGUAAAACUAUUUACAUGAUUAAUAGAACUUCAUCGAAAUUGCAAUUGAUCAAAGAUCAUUUCCCUGAAGAUUUCAACAUUCACAUUUUAGAUUCAAUUGAUGAUGUUGAGAAUUCAAAACCAAUUUCAGUUGCUAUUAGCUGUGUUCCAAGUGAUUUACCAAUGGAUCCAACCUUGUUGAACAAAUUGGAAAGAUUAUUGAAUAAAGGUGCUGCUAACAAAGGGAAAGCCGGUUUCACUCCAAUGUUAUUAGAUUGUGCUUAUAAACCAAGAGUCACUCCAGUUAUGGAAUUGGCCAAGGCUAAAUUCGAAUGGAACAUUGUUAGUGGUGAAGAAAUGUUGGUUAACCAAGGUGUUGCUCAAUUCAAGAUUUGGAACAGUACAGUUCCUCCAUACAAGGCUAUUUCAGAUGCUGUGAACAAUUAGAGAAUUUAAUUAGAAACAUUAUUAAAUACAUUUAUUUUAUAUUAUUCAUUUGUAAUAUCAUCUUAACCAUGUAUCAACUCACUUAGCUGAACAAAUUCAUUAAUUCUAUCAAUUUUUUCAACUGGAACACCUUCUCUUUCGAAAUAUGUUAUAGAUUCAACCUUUCCAACACUUUUCAAGUCAUCACUAACAUUAUCUUUAGUUAUUAUAUGUCCUUUGAGGUCUAUUUCUUUUCCAUGUAGUUUUCUACCACGUAAAUAUGUGAUUGUUUCAUUAUUCUCUUCGGCCUUGAUUAAAUAUUUUGAGACUGUUGGGUGUUCCCCUGUGUACCUUAUACGGCAUGGCACACUAUUGACUUUGUAGCUGUUAGUGGUGUCCAAGUUGAUAUUUCUAGCUUCUGACAUCUUUGG